CGGCUGUAGUGGCUGCACGGGCUGUGCCGCCCGCCCUCCGCCAUGCGGCGCUCUCUGUUCUUGCUGCACGGCCGGGCGCGGUAGCCGGGUGGGCGGCAAAGAAACACCGGCUCUUGGUUCCCGGCCCGGUCGCCGCUAGGGCGUGGAGCACCGGGGAACCGCAGCUCCUCACCGCGGAGCUCCCGCCGGUCUCAGGAUGUGGAAGCUGGUGCCCGCCGCAGGACAAGGAGAGCCAUUUCGACUUUUGGUUGGUAGCAGUUAUGUUGUUGGACGCAAAAAUUGUGCUAUUUUAAUUCAGGAUGAUCAAUCAAUCAGUCGAAGUCAUGCAGUUCUGACAGUAAGUCGUCCUGAAACAACCCAUAGCCAGUCUGUUUCAGUCCCUGUGUUAACAAUCAAUGACACCUCCAAGUAUGGUACUUUUGUUAAUGGAUCAAAAUUGAGUGGCACUUCAAGGACUUUGCAGUCUGGUGACAGAGUAAAUUUUGGAGUCUUUGAGAGCAAAUAUAGAGUGGAAUAUGAAUCUUUAGUUGUCUGCUCUUCUUGUUUGGAUGUUGCUCAAAAAACUGCUUUAAAUGAUGUCAUCCAGCAGCUCGGAGGGCUUGUUGUGAAUGAAUGGACAAAAGAAUGUACUCACCUUAUAAUGGCAUCAGUAAAAGUUACUGUUAAGACAAUAUGUGCUUUGAUUUGUGGACGACCAAUUGUAAAACCAGAGUUUUUUAAUGAAUUAAUGAAAGCUGUUCAGUCCAGGCAACAAUUGCCAACUCCUGAAAACUUUUAUCCUUCAGUUGAUGAGCCUUCCAUUGGUAUUGAUGACAUGGAUUUAUCUGGACAUCCUGAAAGGAAAAAAAUAUUCAGUGGAAAAACUUUUGUAUUUCUGACUGCUGAGCAGCACAAGAAACUGGGUCCAGCAGUUAUUCUUGGAGGAGGAGAAGCAAAACUGAUGACGGAGGGAAGAAAGGAAACUUCUUUACUGGUUUCUCCUGAAGUUUGUGUUGUUGAUGUUGGGAUGACAAACUCUCAGAUCCUAGGAUCUGAGUCCAUGAGAAACUGGACUGAUUCCAUUCUGACUGUCUUGGAAAGCAACAAUCUCAGGGCUAUUCCUGAAGCAGAAAUUGGAUUGGCAGUUAUCUUCAUGUCUACAGAAAAAUACUGCAACCCCCGGAGGCAUCCUGAUAAAAAAGCUGUAACUGCAAGUACUGCAUCAGGAGCGAGGCCAGCCAUUUCUCAGAGUUUGGCUGUGGAUGAAACAAUAAUGCCCACUGCUGCUGCAGAUAACAGUGCAUUAUAUGUAGCUGAUACAGAAAUUGAAGAGCAGACAUGUAUGGAGAUAGAGAAGAAGACUUCCCAGACGAAGAGGAGAGAAGGGGCUUUCCAGCAAACUGCUGUAAAGGAGAACCCUAGCACAAGUGGCACUUCAAAUACAGGAACAUUGAUAUCUAAAGUGAACAGAACAUCUGGGUUUAGUCAAAAAAAUCAUCCAGUAUCUCCAUCUAAAAUUUUGGAAGAAGAUAAACCUAGAGAGUGCACUCCCCGUCAGCAGUCUAAUUCAAUUACAAAUUACUUCCAUGUUGCUAGGAAAAGGGAAAGAGCUGAAGAAGGAGAAGAAACAUCUGUACCCAAACUAGCAAAACUGGAGAAAAGGCCUUUGCUUGUUUCCAAGUGCACUGAAUCCUCAGCUUCAUCAACGUGGAGCAGUGAAAAAGAACAGCAUCAAAAGAAAAAUAACAUCCAGCUUGGAAGGGAAACUGGUGAAAUAGCAAGUGAUAAAACUGACACUAAAAUUACUUUUAGUGAAAAUCCUGCACCAAAGAAAAGAAAGGAGUUAGAUGAUGUAUCUGAAGAUAUAGAGACGCUAGAGAUGGUGUUUGAAAGCAGAGACCUAGACUGGGAAGAGCAAACAGCAAAUGGUGACCAGGAAGCUCAAAGCAAUAAACGAAAGAAGAGAUGUCUGGAAACCAAAGGCAGCAGAACAGAAGAAGGAAAUACAAAGCAGAGAGAGGAGAAUGAAAUGUUGAGAAAAGAUGAAGUUGGAUCAAUUCUGACUCGGGAAGAGAAAAGUGAGAUCAAGGAAGAAUCAUCGGUCUCAGUAAGAAACAAAUUUAUUGUAAGUUUCAAACUUUGAGAAUUGUUAAGAAAAUACACAAAAAUUUUGCUGUUAAGAACAUAAUACUGGGAAAUCAUAAUUUAGGAUAAGGAAACUCUGGAGAUAGAACUCCUGAAAGUAAUCAAACGUAAAUUUGAAUAGUAUGGGCCAAUUUCAUGACUUUGUAAAGGCAGAACUGUUGUUUGUGUUUAUAUAAAGUUGUCUUUUAUGGAUAUUUAAGAUGACUGAGAUUACAUAAACCUAGUGUAAUUGUAUUCACUUUUCAAUGUUGUUAAUACUGGUACAGAUGUUUAUGUUAGGUAACUACUUAAAGACAGACAAGAAUGAGAUCUCCUUGGCUGCUCUAAGGAGGUCAGAACUAAAAUGAAACAGAUGGACUAUUGGGAAAACUGAUGUAACAUACACUGGUUAAUAGUAAGUAGCAUACUGUUAUAGGUGAGAUUACUGUGGGAGGAUGAAUUAAUGAAAGAGAAUAGGUGGGAAUGGCAAUGCAUCAGAAAUGGAAAGAUUCUGUAGAGAGAAGAGUGCAGUUAGUCCACAAGCAGCAGGAUUUUAUUUAUUUUUUUUUUAGCGUGGAUAUGCAGUACAAUUCAAGAAAAGGGAAUGCUGUGCAGAUAUACCAAAGUGCAGGGACAUCUUAGAUUAGGGAACUUAUAUUACAAUGAAAUAGAGUGCUGUAUCUGGGCUAGACCUGUCCCUGAAGAUAUUGUAAGUCUGUGUACUUGUCUUCCACCCAGACUUCAUUUUUAAUCUACAUAGAUCUAACCCCAAGGUGCAAAGUAUGCAUGCAGAUUUGCUGACAGAUGAGUGUUUGCAUGUACAAGGUAAAGUUGUUUCAUAUAUCAGAUUCAGUUUAUCGUGACAAAAUUGGUCUAAAAUUAAAUCUAUAGGCAAGAAUUGAGCCAAAGGCAUUCAACAUACUCUUCCUUGGAGCUUCUGUUAGAAUAAACAAUGUAUAUUCUGUUACAUUAAACAAUUUAAUUAGUCCAGGUUAGAGGCAGAGUGGAGGAGAGAAGUAAUUCUUAGAUAAUAGCUUGAAAGA